CAAACUGGGGUGAGAGAUGCCCAGCCCAGUGCUGACCCCUCACGGAGCCCCAACUCUGCUAACGAGUGAAUGCGUCAGGUCUCGGUUCUGACCUGGUCUCCACCCAGAUGUGCACCAGCCACCGACUUUGCCAUUCUGCUCCACCUUCACACUCCGUUCCUUGCGUGUCAUCCUUGAGUUUUCUGCGCUUUCAUGGUUUCACUGUGGGAUAUCAAGAACACGAGACAAUUUUCUGCCUGUUUUCAGGCGAGAGGAGACAGACAAAGUCAUUGGCUCUGCCCCACUCCCUUGCCCACGGCCUCAAGGAGGGUUUCGCUACUGGAGAAACCCUCCAGCUGCCUUCUCUGCUGUUUCAGCAGAACUUCCUUCUUCAAGUUAUCUCCCCGACCAGCGUUUCCUUCCCUGCAGCUGGAGAUGCGUGUUCUCCAGGGGAAGGCAGGAAUGCAGCGCCCCUGGGAGAGGUGACAACCUCAGAGGCUGCUCCAGGACCAGUUCCCUUUCUAAGUUCUGGAGACAAAACCUCCAUCCAUGGCCCAGACCGGGCAGCACUGAUGUUUAAAAAGUAGCCCAAAUAAGAAGGAAUCGUCUUCCUCCUUCUCAGAAGAGGGGAGAAGGAGCUACACAUUUGGGGAAGAGGCGACCCGCUUUCUUGCCUGCUUGUGUAGGCACCGGUGGUGGCACCGAGAUGACCAGAGCCGUAGGCAGCUCCGUCACCUUCCAUCUCCAGAGCCUGAAUGAAGAAGCCACAGCCUGGAGCUUUCACAACGAUAUCAUAGUGACUGUGAAGUUCGGCAAUCCUCCGGAAGCGACGUUUUUUGACAAGUCCUACAAGCCACGCUUGGUCUUCCCGGAGAACGGCAGCGCGCUCACCAUCUCCCAGUUGAGGAUGGAGGACUCCGGUUGCUACACUGCCAAGACCUCCGGGAGGAAGACUGAAUUCACCCUACACGUUUAUAGGAAACUGGAGGAGCCAAAGGUGACCUGCGCGGCGCAGAACUGCUCAGCCACCACCUGCCUCUACACCUUGCAUUGCACGGCAGCGAGACCCGGCUCCGGCAACAUCUCCUACGGCUGGAGCACGGGGCUCGAGGGGUCCACGGUGCUGGUGGAAGAAUCGCCCUCGGACGAAUCCCCAUUGACGUGCACGGCACAAAACCCUGUCAGCAGCAGCAACAUCACCGUCUCCUCGCUCACCGCUCUCUGUGCAGAAAACACAACCCACCCUCCCACCACUGGCAACUACUCCAGCAGCCAGAAGGCUGGAGCCGUGGCCGCAGCCGUGACUGGAGCUGCAGUGCUUUUAGCAGUGAUUUUCUUCUUGAUCUGCUGGAGAUCCAAAGGCUGGAAGACUUUCCCUUUGCCUGCAGCCGAGGUUACAAACACAGAGGCCGGAGCAGAGUACACGACGGUGUACGCCGAAGUUGGCCCUUCCCAGCAGGUCCAGCUGAGGACUCUCAUCGAUGCACAGCAAGGUGACCCAAAGAAGACUCCACCCCCCGAAACAGAGACCUCCAAAACCAUCUAUUUCACCGUCCAGGCUCUGGCCCAGACGGAUGAUGAGAAGAUGGGCAAAGGUUUGCUUGGGUGCCGGGAACAGGAGGAGAAAAGCCUCUACGUGUCGGUCAGUUAACCAGACCGUGUGGAACAGCCCCAGCACGGCUCUGGUGAACCCAAGAGCCUCUCUGAGCAAGUUGCAGCAUCUCCUCUUUCUCUCCCCGUCACCGCUGCUUCCGAUUCACCCAUCAGCAGCGAUUCCUGGCCAUCACCAUGAGGAUGGAAGCACCUCUAGAUGCAUGCUGGGCUGCCACAGGAGCUCUGCCCAUGUUCUGGCAUCUACAUGGCCUUCAGGCUCCUUUUCCUGUCCCCUCCAACCAGAACAAGGAUUAAAACCUGGUGCAAGGACACGAGCUGAUGCUCCUGGGAUUCACCCUGCAGCACUUCACGACACGGACCCUCAGGACAAGAGGACGGGGAAGCUUGAGGAGCAUCUUCGAGCCCUUUUAGUGCCUUAAUUUUUGCUUUACCUUUAAACUUGGCGACUGCGUUGGCUGCUUCGUUUGGUUGUGACACGAAAGGAAAGCAAAAAUAACACUCGGUGGUCGAAAGCUGAAGAAGGAAACAGAUGCCUCUUCACUCAGGCUGCUUCCGCGGCGCUUCGCCGCUCCUGGGGCUGCCAAGAUCCUUCCAAAGCUCAGAGCACCCUGCUCAGCACCGCUUGACAUCCUUCGAGAUGCUGCAGGGCCGCGCUGAGGUCCAGGACCAGGAGGUGGACCAGGCUGGGGAGAAAAUAGGACAAGGCAGGUGGCUGGUGCUGUUCUGCUCCACCCUUUGAUGUGUUUGUAGCUGAGUUUUUAUGCAUGGAUUAAAUAUUUGUGCGCGAAGUGCUGUGUCUGCAGAGUCAGGCGGUUUCUCAGCAGAGCUUUAGAGCUUUCUGAGCCCCAAGAGGUGCUGCAGAGAGUGUAGCGGCUGCAUCCCACCGGGCUGCGUGUCCUCCAGCAGGGUUCACCCCAAGCUUAGAGGCGCUUGGGUGCUCAGAGAGGAGAUCACGGGGUACAUCUCCACCUUUCUUGCUCCCCAAACCCACCCAGAGCUGUGCUGGGAUCAAGGGGGCAGAAGGUGGACCAAGGCUGGGGAGCAAACAGGACCGGGCAGGUGGCUGGUGCUGUUCUGCUCCACCUUUCGAUGGGUUUGUAGAUAAGGUUUUACGCGUGGAUUAAAUAUCUGUGUGUGAAGAGCGGUGGCUGCGAUGUCGGGCAGCUUCUCGGCAGAGCUUUAGGAAGCCUUUUCCCAACCCUGAGCGAUGCAGGGAUGUGGCUGCAUCCCACCGGGCUGCGCGUCCCCCAGGAGGGUCUGCGGGGUUCACCCCACGCUUGGAGGCACCUGAGUGCCCAGGGAGGAGAGCCCAGGGCACACCUCCACCCUCCCUGCACCCAAACUCCCUCAGAGACAGCAAAACGCUCUCUUUGGCAGCAAUUUUCCAGCGCUGCCAGACAGACAAACGCCUCCCAUGCUGGGAAUUCUCCUCCCGCGCCGCUUCCCCUAUUCUUUGUCUUGUCUGCGUGGAAAGUAAAUUAUUCAGGGAUGAAACCGGAGAUUUCUUUGAAGU